AUGAAUAAAAUUAAAGCAUUUUUCCAUAAAAGUAAACGUUUCGAUACCGAACAAAAUAUUCAAACUAGUGAUCGGAAGAAUAAUGAUAAUAACGAUAAUACCACAAACGUUAACAUGAGCAUGAGCAUGAACAUGAACAAAAAAAAUAUUGUAAACCCUACAACAAUGGAUCAUACAAUAGAACCAAUACAAAUAAGUGCAGAACUUGAGACUCAAGAUAUUCCAAUUACAACUACCAUUCCUCAGCAACAAGAACAAACAAAAUCAUAUUCAUUUAAUGAAAAUACCAGAUUUGAUGACGAGAACGAUGACAAUUCCUUCGCUACUAGUGAUUCGAAUUUAUCAUUAAUAUCAUCAGAUUUUGAAAGUGAAUAUAGUUAUGUUAAUGAUUCUACCACGGAGGAAAAUAUAUUUUCUGAACAACUUGAAUUAAAGGAUUAUAAAUUGAAUGAAAAAAUUGGAGAAGGUGCUUUUUCAAAAGUGUACAGGGGUACACCUCUUGAAUCAUCUUAUGUCGCCAAACAUUAUAAACAAGUUGCCAUCAAAGUGAUCAAAAAAGAUAUAUUGACUGUAGAAGACAAUGAACCCAUAGAAGUAAACGGUGAAAGACAUGGUUCAAGCAAGACCUCCACAAGGGAACAAGUCCUUAAAGAAGUUGCAUUACAUAAACAAGUCUCUCCAGGUUGCAAAAAUAUUGUUCAAUUUAUUGAUUUUCAAGAGACACCAUCUUAUUAUUACAUUGUUCAAGAAUUAUUAAAUGGUGGUGAAAUAUUUAAUGAAAUAGUGAAAUUGACAUAUUUAAGUGAAGAUCUUACACGUCAUAUUGCUAAACAAUUAGGUAAUGCAAUUAAACAUUUACAUUUAAUGGGUGUAGUACAUCGUGAUAUUAAACCUGAAAAUUUAUUGUUUAAUCCAAUAGAGUUUAUAGCCUCACCUGAACCACGUAAAUUCCGUAAAAGUGAUGAUCCAAACUCAAAAGCUGAUGAAGGUGUAUUUGUUCCAGGUAUUGGUGGUGGUGGAAUCGGUAUAGUGAAAUUAGCAGAUUUCGGAUUAUCAAAACAAAUAUAUCAAACCAAUACAAAGACUCCCUGUGGUACUGUUGGGUAUACUGCCCCUGAAGUGGUUAAAGAUGAAAUGUAUUCCAUGAAAGUUGAUAUGUGGGGGAUUGGCUGUGUUCUUUAUACGAUGCUUUGUGGGUUUCCCCCAUUUUAUGAUGAUAAGAUUAAUAUAUUAACCGAGAAGAUCUCUAGAGGUGAAUAUACAUUUUUACAACCAUGGUGGGAUGAAAUUAGUGAUGGUGCCAAGAGAUGUGUAAGAAAAUUGUUAGAAGUUGAUCCCGGAUCAAGAUAUGACAUUGAUGAAUUUUUGAAUGAUCCAUGGUUAAAUCAAUACGAUUGUGAAAUCAAACAAAGGAGUCAAGCUAAGAGAAAGUCAAAGGCUCAUCAUCAUCAUAAUAACAAUAGACGUAGGAUUCUAUUCAAUCAAUUCGCUGAUAAGGAUGUAUUAUAUUCUCCUGCUGCUGUCGCCAUGCGUGACGCAUUUGAUAUCAGUAAUGCUGUUGCGCGUAUUGAGGAAGAGCGUAUGCAAACACCUAUCUAUGGCCUGGGGUCCCUGGCAGAAGAUGAUGAAGCAGCAUCCCUCGAUGAGCAACGAAUGAAAGAACAGGAGAGACAGCAAGAGAGACAGCAAGAAUUAGAAAAUAAGAUGUUCCAUUUGAAGUUGGAUACGUCGACGAUUGUCAUGAGACGGAAACAAAAGAAAAACAGUAUACCUUAA